AAUAUGAUGGAGAAUAUGAUGGAGAUAACGGAAACGGAUACUAGACAAACGAAUUUAAAUGAUACAGUUACAAACUUAAAUCAUCAAUUAAAUGAGUUAUUACAGCAGCAACAAAAAGAUAAUGAUUACCGAGAAGAAAUGCAUGAUCAAUAUCAAAAAUUACAAAGUGAUUAUGAAUUAUUGAUGUUGACCAUGAAAACUUUAAAAACGAGAGCAGAAUUAAGUGAACGCGAAGUAGAUUCAUUAAAAGCUAAUUUAAUAAAAACUGAAGAUCAUUUACAAUCUGAAUCUGAAAAACAUCGAUCAACAAAAGAUGAACUGAUUAAAACGAAAACUAAUUUGCAAAGUGUCAAAUCGCAGGCUAUGCAUGACAUAAGAAAACGCGAAAUAGAAUACACUAGAUUUAAAGAAAAAAUGCAGAAACUUUUAAGCGAUAAAUAUCAUCCCACAUGCGGCCCUCAGGGCGUAAAUCCACCACGGAAAAAAGCAAUGAAAAAUACUUCUUAUGUCACAUCACCAACCGGUCAUGAUAUCGGCGUGCCUAUGGUAUCUGGUGGUUUUUAUGCGGAAAAUUCUGAGAAAAUUAAGCAAGGAGAUGGUGAUGCUGAUGCUCGUGAUAAGGAUUUAUUGCAAGAAAAUACAAAAUUACGAAAGUUACUCUUCGAAGUUCAUAAUCAGGUUGUCUCAUUUAUAGAUUCUCAAGCAUCAGUAGAUCCGGAACUUGCUAAUCUAAAAACACCAGAGUCGUACAAUUCCAGAGCGGCAAAUAUUCAACUUCCAUUUGAACUUUUUGCUCAGAAUCUUGAGCAAGAAGUUAAAGAUAUUUUACUGGCACUUAAGUUUGAAUUGAAUAACCGGUCAGUUGGUGUUUUUGAAAAUUUCCAACAAAAUGAUGUCGAGAUUCGACGUAAAGAUGUUGAAAUUCGACAAAAAGAUGUUGAGAUUAGGCAAAAAGAUGUAGAAAUUCGGAAACAAGACGACGAGAUUCGACAAAAGUAUGAUGAAAUUAGGCAAAAGGAUGCAGAGAUUCUGCAAAAAGACGCAGAAAUUAGGCAAAAAGAUUAUGAGAUUCGGCAAAAAUAUGAU